AUGGAUGAGGCAGCUACAAAGGCGGAGAAGGGGCAAAAGCUAUUCCCCCAUAAGUUUCAUAGGUUGAGUUUCGGUAAGAAAGAAGCUGCUAAGUUCAGUGAAAAAAAUGAACAAGGAUUAGCACAGAAGGCUAUGGAUGACUACGGUAAGGAUGUUUUAGAUGAUAGUAGAGCGAGUAUAAAGAGUCCUCGUAAAUCUGGUGGUUUUUCAAGCUUUCGUAGUCCUAGAUUGAGUUUUUCUUCGAAAAAUGGUAAUAAACUUCCACCACAGACUCAUUUUAGCGGUGGUAAUGAAGCUCAUAGUGAUUCCGGUAAUGAUGCCAAGCCUCAAGAUAUUCCUUCAGUGAAGUCUCGUCAGUCUUCCAAGAAACCAGAUAGUAUCAGAAGAUCAAGUAUGCAUUCGAGACAGUCAGGCAGGGUUUCCUCUGAUAGAGCUGAUAUUGGCAGUCCUGGUACAAGAAUUCCAUCUCAUCCUUUACCCAAGCAUUUACUUGUACAACAGAAGGAGAAAGAAGAGCAAGAGGCGAAGAGAAAACAGUUAACACCAUCGACCUCUGAAAAACAACAACUUUCGCCAAGACAACAACAACAACAAGAACAACAACAAGAAUCGCUAAAAAAUAAAGUUCCCCCCACAACAACUGGCCGUUUGAAUACACCAGAAGAAUUAUUCCCGUGGAAGAAAAUUGGAAGUUUCCAUCAUACGGGCAAAGGUUCUCCUAACACUGGUGAUGCACGUCUAGUUAAGGCUUACAUCCUGGAAAAUCUUGUUAACGAUUGGUAUAACAACGCUGCUGUCCUUGUUGGAACUUGUUUUAUAUCAUGGUCAUUUGCUUACCUUAGAUUCUCAUGGUGGUCAUUGUUAUUCGUCCUUGGCUGUAUGGGAGCAGUCUUUGCAUCUGAAUACAGACGUUUUAACAGAAAUGUUAGAGACGAUUUAACGAGAAUUACCGUGGAAGAAACUUUAUCACAGAGAAAAGAGUCCGUCUUAUGGAUGAAUUCGUUUCUCUCAAAAUUCUGGGUUCUCUAUAUGCCUAUUUUAUCUCAACAAGUUAAAGAUAUUGUGAAUCCAGCCUUAGCAGGUGUUGCACCAGGAUAUGGUAUUGAUGCAUUGUCAUUAGAUGAGUUUACCCUAGGUUCUAAGGCGCCUUCCGUUCGAAGUAUUUCUUCUAAUACAAAAGCAGGUGCUGACGUUUCUGAAAUGGUUUUUGAGUUUGCUUUUACACCUAGUGAUGUUUCUGAGAUGACACCAAAGGAAGCCAAGAACAAGAUUCAUCCAAAAAUUGUUCUUGCUAUAAGUUUAGGUAAAAGUGUCGUCUCUAAAAAAAUGAAAGUCAUCGUAGAAGAUAUUAAUGUUUCGGGUAGAAUGCGUGCGAAGAUUAAGUUUGGUGAUACUUUUCCAAACAUUGGAAUGGUUUCAGUUCAAAUGCUGGAACCACCAGUUAUCGAGUUUGGUCUAAAGCCACUUGGUGGUGAUACCUUGGGUCUUGAUGUGAUGUCCUUCUUGCCUGGGUUGAAGAAGUUUGUGCAAACUAUUAUCAAUGCAAAUGUUGGUCCAAUGUUGUACGCUCCUAACCACUUUGACAUUAAUGUGGAAGAACUUAUGGCUGCUCAGGUUAAUGACGCUAUUGGUGUUUUGGCGGUUACCAUCGCCAAUGGUAAUGAUUUGAAAGGUUCAGAUUUCAUCACCAACACAGUGGAUCCUUACAUCUCUUUCGAGUUGGAAAAGCCGUUACCAGAUUUGAAUGGCGAAGAUUUGCGUACCACCAUCAAACACAACACUACAACUCCACGUUGGAAUGAGACUAAAUAUGUUUUGGUUUCCAGUUUACAACAAAAGAUGAAAAUGAAAUGUUUUGAUUUUAACGACGUGAGAAAGGAUACUUUUAUUGGUGAAAUAGAAAUCGACUUGAACGAUUUACUACAGGAGCCUACCCAAGAUAACUUGAGCACCGAUUUAACAAUUGGUACAAAGAGUAGAGGUGCAUUAAACUAUUCGUUACACUGGUUCCCUGCCAAGAAAUCCGAGAACAUUACAGGUCAAAAGGAAACCGGAUCCGAUGAAGAAGCAAGCAGUAAACAGGGGACUGUAGCAAUUCCAGAUGGUGCUGAGAAUAAUGGAAAGGUAGAAGAUGAUGCCGAAUUUAAGGAAAAGGAAAAGGAAACUGAAAACGGCGAGGAAGAUGAAGAAAGGGCAGCUUUAGACGAAGACAACGAAGAUGAAGAAACCGACGCAGGUAUUGUCAAGUUGACCCUUCAAAACAUCAAAUAUUUGAAUACAGCUGUUGCACUAACUGGCACACUCUCACCAUCGGCCACUUUGUUCCUAAAUGGGAAUGUGGUUAAGGAAUUCAGAACUUUGAAGCGUAUCAAUGAACCUUCCUGGGGUGAAACCAUUGAACUAUUUAUCCCAUCUAGAGAAGAAUCUGAGCUGAGAUUAGAGGUUUAUGAUAACGGUUUAAGAGAGAAAAAGCUUAUCUGUGAAUAUGGUUCUACCCUUGAAGAUAUAUUUGAGAAUUUGCAAAAUGGAGAACCAUUUGUGAAGGGUUCCCCACAAGGUGAAAUUUAUAUGAAUGCAGAAUGGAAACCAGUUAAAAUGAGUGGUUUAUUCGCCUCUGGCGGUUCUCGUGACCCACUCGGUGCUCUCAGAGUCCUUGUUAGAGAUAUUAAUGUGUUAGAUAACCUUUCUGGUUUGGGUGACAUUGAUCCGUAUUUCACCUUGAGUGUUAACAGACAUGUGGAUUAUAAAUCGAUCAGUUAUUCUGAAACAGAACAUGCCUAUUUCGAUAAAGUUGACUAUUUGAUACUAAUGUCUGAGAAAGCAUCUGUUACCGUUAAUGUUUAUGACUACCAAUCUGUUGGUGAUGAUAGGUUUAUCGGAUCUGCGCAAAUUCCCUUGGAAGAAGUAAUGAAGAAGGAUCCAAAAACAGACAAAUUUACACUUGUCGACAAUUCUAAAAAGCCCUUAAAACUUGGCUUACAAAACAAAAAGGGUAAAAUUGGACAAAAUUAUGUCAAUGUUUCCCUAUCAUUUGUUCCUUGUAUCCCUGUCUAUACCCCUAAUGAAUACCAAACGGUCUUGGAGAAGGAUGCAGAGCUCCAGCAACAGAGAAAGGAAUUCUGGCAAAAACAAGAUGAAUUGAAGAAAGAAAUGGAGAAGACACCAGAUCAAUACGAAAUCAUUAACAAGCAAGAUCCUUUUGAAGAAGAAGAAAAGAAACUUCAUAAGAAAGAAAGAUUAUCGUUAGAGCAAUUAUUACAACAUAAUUCAGGUGUUUUAAAUUUGCAACUUUUGGGCGGUACUAUCCAUCAAAGCAACUGUUUCUUACAAAUUUGUGUGGACGACCUUUCCUGGCCCAAAUAUACUUCACCCAAAAUCUACAAUGAUUCCUUCCCCAGUGACGGUACUGACGUUUUCAUCCGUGAUUUGAGAAAUAGCAAAUUGCUGUUCAGGUUAACUGAUAAACGUGUUCCUAAAAAUGAAAGUAAUAUCAUUACUGAAUUUACUUGCAACACUUAUGAUCUGUUGCAAAGCAGUUAUGGCGAGGUUUCGAAAGUUAACAUUGGCGGCUCGGUGGUGAACGUACAAUGUCUAUACACACCAACCUCACAAAAACUGCCCGUCAGUGAUACGGUAUUGGAUACAGGUACUUUAAAUCUAACCGUUUUCUCUGCUGAAGAUUUGAUGUCUGCAGAUCGUAACGGUUAUUCUGAUCCUUUCUUUACUAUCGUAGUGGAUCAUCGUGAAUUGUACAAGAGUGAAAUCGUGAAAAAGACACUAUCUCCUGAAUGGAAUGAGAAGACAGAAGUUCCUAUACCUUCAAGAACUAGAAAGAAAGUUCAAGUAUUUUUCUAUGAUUGGGAUCGUGCUGGUGAUAAUGAUGAAUUAGGUUUAGUGGAAUUAGACUUGUUCCCUAUGAUGCCCAAUGAAGUCUACAAUUGGGAACUACCACUUAACACACAAGGUAAGGCAAAAUUUCAAGCCGUUUUCAUCCCACAAUACAACAAACCUAUGGUUACUCUUAAUGAAGUGAAGAAGAAGAGUGCGGUGGGACAUCUUGCCAGUGCCCCUAGCGGUGUUGGCCAUGCUGGGAAAGGCAUUGUUCACGGUGGUGCUCAUCUAUUCAGGAAACCAUUUAAAGCGGGUAAGAGAAAAUCAACAGAUUUGGAUUCCACUACUCCGAAUAGGAAGUCAACUGCUGGAGAUUCUAUCGAAGACGGACCUUCAGAACUCAGCCCUGAGUUGGCCAAUGCCAAGAAGUCGUUGGAUGUGGACCGCUCUGUGCCUAACCUAGAUUAUGCUCUAGUUCAAGAGUUAGAUCCUAAAUCACAUCUACCUGUCGGUGGAGAUGAUUUGAGCGCUAGACUCAGUAAUCACGUCCCCAGCGUUCUGUCAGGUCCUGUUGAAAGAAAGAGUUUUAGCAAAGAUAGAGGUGAUGGUAUACACAAGAACUUACAGCCCGGUACUAAUUAUCAAGGCCAAUUGACCUUAAUUUCCACUGACAGGGUAGCACCUAAGCUUCAAUUGAAUAUCGGCUUAUCAGUAAAUGGCAAAGUAAAACACUUGUACAAAUCCAAGACCCAGAAAGAGGAUGAAGGCGGUAACGCAACUUUCAACGAAUCCUUUGCCUUUAGAGGCCCACCAGAAGGCUCUCUGGUCUUUGAAGCAAUCUCCCAUCAUAGAUUGACUAAGGACAUAGAAUUAGGCAUUGCAGAAAUUCCCUUGAACGAUCCCCAAAUACAAAUUGGCGGUAACAUCAACCUCAAUUUAGGUGAAGGUACAGUGGUCUUCAGAACAGACUAUGGUACACCUAUAGACGAUAGCGUCCCUCCAGUUCCUCCAAUCCCACACGAAUACCAAUGA